UCCAUCCACCCAUCCAUCCACCCAUCCAUCCAUCCAUCCAUCCAUCCACUCACUCUCCAUCUAUGGUUUUGUGUUGUGCAGGCAUUUCUGACGUUGGCGGGAGCCGGUUGUUGAAGUAGUAUUGCAGUAUUUGUAUUUGUGCGUGUGGUCUUUGUCAGAGGGUCGUCGCUCUUGUACAAGAGGCUCCAGAUGCUGAAGGAAAACAUGGAUUUGAAUCCACGUGCAUCUCACGGUGGCCAUCUUUGAGGUCAGGGGUCAGCAAUGUUGGGUUCUUUCAUUUCAAAAGUGGUUUGAGAGAUUCUCCUGCACCAAACGUCCGUACGUAAGCCUCUUGGAAUUGAGCACAACUGCACUGGUUGUUACUGGACUCUCCUCCAUGAUGACUUCACUGGUGGGGCUGGUGGAUGUGAGACACCUGACACUCCUCCACCUUCCUUCCCUUCGUUUGAGGACGCCCCACGGGUGCUCGGUUGGGUUCGGGUGUGGAUGAGACAUCCUUCAUACGCAUCACUUUCACCUUCAGCUUCCUCAGCAAGCCACGUGUCAUCUUGGCCUCCUCAUCAUGUUGGAAAACCGUUUCUGCUUUACAGUGUCACAGUGAAUGCUGGAAUUCACAUUUUCCCUCAAUGAACCGCAGCUCCUCCCAAGUGCCACCAGCACUCGUGCAGCCUCAGACCAUGACGCCACCAUGCUUGACUAAAGGCAAGACGAUUAUGUUGCCAAAAUAUUCCAAAAGAUAGAAAAAUGGGAUAGUUUUUAACAAUACGUCGCCAAGAUUUAGGAAGCAAGUGUGUUGGAUGUGACUUUGACAGUGCAUGAUAUGCUGCCUGCUGUUAUGCCUCAUGAAAAUCAAGAAGAAAAAGGAAAUGCUUCGUUUUACAAUGUCACAGUGCAUGUUGGAAUUCAUCUUGCCUCUGAAUGAACCGCAGCUCCCCCAGUGCCAGUAGCACUCGUGCAGCCCCGAACGACGACGCUACCACCACAAUGCGUGAUGAAGAUAUUGUGAGGGCUGUAUCGUGAUACCGAUAGAUAGACGUUUGAAGAAGUGUACUGUAGACCAACUGGAGGUCUUUAAGUCCAGAUGGCGGGUUCUGCCAAAGGUUGUUGACAACGUAAAGAUGGGGUGUUGACAGCUGUGUGUUCACCGUAACCACAAGCUAGUGUUAGCACUCCAUUAGGCAAUCUUGUUCAACAGCCACCAACAUCAGAGAGAGCAAAAUGUGGGGAAGAUAAACUCGUCCGCAGCAGCGCGAGCAGUUUCCAGGAACGAUGCCAAAGGAUUCCCUUUCCCAAGCCGAAGAACCGCAAAGGUACUAAGCAGAACCCACACACACAAACUCUCCACCGUGCGUUCCAGAGGCGAUCGGGCCUGUUUCCUGUCUGUCCAACAUACUUUCACACAGCAAAACAAAAACACACGGGUCAACGCUCCUCCUGCCCUCGUGUGCUGGUGCAGACAGCGUGGCUUCCUCCAUGUCCUCCACCGGGUCACAUGCUGAUGUCACCGCGUCAUCACUGGUACUGCCUGACGCUACUACAGCACUCUCAUUAGCACUCUCAUUAGCACUCUCAUUAGCACUUCCUGAUGUUGGAAGAAUCACGAAUGGUUAGCAUCCAGCGUCUAACCUCAAAAUGACAGCAGUGAUUCUAGAACAAAUGCAAAAAUCGCUCGUCAUUAAUAUCCUCUAAAUGACAGGAGCGCUCUGCUGUUGUUAGGGACUUCAUAAACACAAGCCAAAGAUCCUCUGUAUGACAGGAGAGCUCUGCUGUUUUUAAGGACCUUCUGCAUCAACGCUAGUCAAAGAUCCUCUGUAUGACAGGAGGGCUUUGCUCUUUUUGGGGAUCUACUGCAUAAACAGGAGCGCUUUGCUCUUUUUGGGGAUCUACUGCAUAAACAGGAGUGCUCUGCUGUUUUUAGGAACCUACUGCAUUAACACUAGUCAAAGAUCCUCUGUAUUACAGGAGCGCUUUGCUCUUUUUGGGGAUCCACUGCAUAAACAUGAGUGCUCUGCUAUUUUUGGGGAUCUACUUCAUAAACACGAGCCAAAGAUCCUCCAUGACAGGAGAGUGCUGCUGUUUUUCAGUACCUACUGCAUAAUUAAUAAUAAUAAUAAUCCACAAGUAAAUUUCCCCGCUGUGGGAUAAAUAAAGUACAUACAUACAUACAUACAUAAACACGAGUCAAAGGUCCUCUAUUUGACAGGAGCGCUCUGCUGUUUUUACGGCUCUACCGCAUAAACAGGAGUGCUGUACUGUUUUUAAGGAUCUGCUGCAUAAACGACAAAGAUCCUUUAUACGACAAGAUCACUCUGCUGUUUUUAGGGACCUACUUUCACAAACAAUAGUCAAAGAUGCUCUAUAUUGCAGGAGCCCCCAUGUGUUGUUGUUGUUGUGGUAGUUGUGUAUUACUGCCAGCGCCACCUGGUGAUAGUGUCCAUCAUAGCACCACCACCACAAGGACGCCUUAAACGGCCAUGAAGAAGAAGCCUCCAUGCUCCUCGUUCAUAACAAACCAGCUGUGAGAGAAUCUCCGCCAUUCCGAGGAGCUUGGAAGCUCAUCCCCCCCCCAAACUUUGGGAUGUUGCGUAAGAGCCUCGUGGAGGUGAGGUCAUCCGUCACCACGUACGGCUUCAUCCUGACUUCAUGUUGCAACAUCGCAGUCCAGCCGAGCAUCAAGGAGGAAAUGCUGUGAGGGUUUCAGGUUUGUGAUGGGCCGGUGCAUACCUGAAAGUGUUGAUGUUUGUGCCGCGUCGCCGUGCGAGCAGCAAUGCACGGACAACUUUGGACGAGUCGUGUGCACGUGUUAUCCCGGCUAUCGCUUCGACCGGGAGAGACACCGCAACCACAAGUCUCCCUAUUGUCUGGACAUCGAUGAGUGCGAGCAGCAGUCGAGCAGCGUCAGCGGCGUGUGCGACCACGAGUGCGUGAACACGGCCGGCAGCUUCCUGUGUCGCUGUCACAGCGGGUACAUCCUGGCGCCGGACCAGCGCUCCUGCAUCGCCGUGCACAACCUGAGUUCAUCGGGGAAGUCGAACACACUGAUGAGCGCCACCACCUGCUCCUUCACCUGCCAGGAGUUCACCGACAUGAAAAACAGUCUGCUGCAGCUAAAACUCAGGAUGGCAAACACGCAGUCACAGAACCAGGUUCCUGAACUGGCCAACCGCAGUGACAAACCUCCUGUGGGGAGACCAGGAAAAGGUCCUGACAGCACACGCAGACCCGGUCUACCCGGCCCACCAGGACCCCCUGGAGUCCCAGGACAUCCCGGGGAGCCCGGCAAGAGAGGGGACCCAGGCAGUGAGGGCCCACCAGGCCCUCGGGGACCCCGGGGGGACAUGGGACCCAUGGGUCCAGAGCCUGACUUGAGGCACAUCAAAAGGGGCCGCAGAGGACCCGUGGGACCACCUGGGGCCCCGGGAAGAGACGGUUCAAAGGGCGACCGAGGAUCUCCUGGUGCCAGAGGUCCUGCUGGCCCGCCCGGCUCCUUCGACUUCCUGCUCCUGAUGAUGGCCGACAUCCGCAACGACAUCAUCGAGCUGCAGGAGAAGGUGUUCGGGGAGCGGCGGGGCAUCUCGCUGGACGGCCCGCUUCAUUCCAGCGGGGAGGAGGAGGUGGACUUUGUGGAGUGGGGGUCCGGGCAAGGAGGGGGCGUCAUGCUCAGCACCUGACCUUUGACCCUUUCACACCAACAGGAAGCGUAACAGUAAGAGCCACGCGGACGCUCUCCAGACAUUUAAACAUGGAGGAACCGGGAUCAGGACGUCCAAAACGGGGCUGGCAGGAAGCCCUGUGCGGGAGCGAGGACCUGAAACGACAAAGCUUUCCCUCGCUGUGGAUCUCCUCCUCCUCCAGGUGUCGCGUGGAGCUGCUCAUGGCGGCGUGGACGUGUACAGCUUUCAUGGCGUGCGUGCAGAUGCGGCGUCCUUACGACUGUGGAAAAAGGACAACAUGAACGUGGAAGUGAUGCAGCGUCUGAAGGACUGAAGCAGGAAAGGCUUGUUUAUUUGCAAGCGGAGCGAAUCCCAAACGAACACGGCGUGCUGCGUUUAUCUGAUCGUGGCAAACACGACAGCUUUUCCUGGAUAAACAUUCCGAAAAUGCAAAUGACUAAAAUGGCAGCCGCCUUGUAAAGACGUCCUUCCUGCACGCGUCCGCGUGGUUUUCAUCUCCAGCGUUCAUGCGUUGUUCAUUCAUUCCUCGAACUUCAUUUCUAUGAAGUUGGCUUGUUUUUUCUCAAGAACUUGAUGGUGAUCCUUUCGUCUCGUAAAACGACAAUCAUUUUCUCCAAAACACAAUUACACGCUUUAAAAAACUUUAUUCUCCUAAAAUGACAACUUUUUCUUUUCGUAGGACUUUAGUCACAUAAAAAGAACACCUUCAUCUCCAAAACAUGAUUAUUCUUUUAAAAAAAAUGUGUAUAUCUUCAUAAAACGGCAGCCUUUUACUCUCAAACACAAUUCUAUUUUUAAAAAUGGAGCUUUUCUCAUUAAAUUCCGACUUUUUGUAUUUAGAAUCUUGCUUCUGUUGUUCUGACAAAAUAACUGUUGCUUGAAAAUGUACAACAUUAUCAUUCUGAUUAUUAUGAUUACUGUUAUAACCUUUUCAUCUCAAAGACAUGAUUAGAUUCUUGCUUUUUAAUGGGACUUUAUUCUCAUAAAACGACAACCUUUUAGUCUCGAAAACACUAUUCUAUUUAAAAAAAUUGAUUUUAUUCUCAUUAAAUUCCGACUUUUUGUAUUUAGAAUCUUGCUUCUGUUGUUCUGACAAAAUGACGUUAGUAUUAUUAUUAUUAUUAUUAUUAUUAUUAUUAUUAUUAUUAUUAUUAUUAUUAUUAUUAUUAUUAUUAUUAUCACUAUUAUUAUUAUAACCUUUUCAUCUCAAAAACAGGAUUAUAUUCUUUUCAAAAAUGGGUCUUUAUUCUCAUAAAAUGACAACUCUUUCAUCAGAAAACCAUCCAUCCGUCCCUUUUCUACGCCGCUUCCCCUCGUUAGGGUUGCGGGGGCAUGCUGGAGCCUAUCCCAGCUGACUUUGGGCCAGAGGCGGGGUACACCCUGGCCUGGUGGCCCCCAAUGGCAGGGCACAUGCAGACAACACAUUCGUCCCGAUGGAUGAGUUAGAGCAGGGAUGUCCAAAGUGUGGCCCGGGGGCCAUUUGAGGCCCACAGCUGUUUUUUGAUUGGCCCGCGGCACAUUGUAAAAAUAGAAUCAUAUAUCAUCAAAUAUAAUCAUAUAUUACAAAUAUAAUAAAAGAAAAUGUAGUUUUACAAGAAUAAGCUCCAAAUAUUAAGAGAAAAAAGCGUGUAAUCGAACAAGGAAAAGUCGUCAUUUUAUGAGAAUAACGUAAUAUUGUGAGAAAAAUAGCAUCGUUUUACGAUCAUAAAGCUGAAGUAUGCCGAGCACACUAAACAAGUAAAGUUGUGCUUUUUUAACUUGUGGAAAAAGUUACAGUGUCACGAAAAUGAAGCCACAUAUGAUGGCAAUGAAAUCAUCUCUACGAGAAGAAAGAAAUGAAACAGACGCAGUUUUACCACAACAAAGCCAAAAUACGAAGGAAAGACAAAAUGUCACAAUUUUAUGAUUUCACAACGAUGAGGAAAAAAUGUCAUUUUAGUUGCACAGAGUUGAAAUAUUCAAGACAAAAUACAGAUUUUUGUAAAAAAAAUAAAAUAAAAUAAAAAUUAAAAAAAGAUCAGAAAUAAACAAAACCAAAUAAAGAUGUAAUUUUUGGAAAAUUUGGAAAUGUUAUUUUUUGCUUUAAUUUUAAAUAUGAAAAUGGCCCUGGCAUUCUCUAGUUUUUUUAGGUUUUGGCCCUCGCUGGAAAAAGUUUGGACACCCCUGAUUUAGAGGAACCCACGGGGAGAACAUGCAAACUCCACACGGACUUGAACGCAGCACUUCACCCUCUCCUGGCGGUGUGGCCAUCGUGCUAACCACCAGGCCACCGUGCUAACCACCAGGCCACCGUGCUAACCACCAGGCCAACGUGCUAACCACCAGGCCACCGUGCUAACCACCAGGCCAACGUGCUAACCACCAGGCCAACGUUCUAACCACCAGGCCAACGUACUAACCACCAGGCCAAUGUUCUAACCACCAGGCCAAUGUUCUAACCACCGGGCCACCAUGCUAACCACCGGGCCAACGUGCUAACCACCAGGCCAACGUGCUAACCACCAGGCCACUCUUUAAAAAAAUAAAAUAAACCUUUUAGUUAUACAUAAAAAAUAGGAUUUUAUUCUCAUUCAAUUCUGAUGUUUGUAUUUCUGACUUUGCUUUUGUUGUUGUGCCAACAUGGCUUGCUUGGAAAUGUACAACGUGAUUCUCAUUCGAACUUUAAAAUCUCAAAAACAUGAUUGUAUUCUUUCAAAAUAAUAGGACUUUAAUUCUCAAAAAAUGGCAACUUUUCAUCUUCAUCAUCACACAAUUCUAUUUGUUUAAAAAAUAUUCAUAAAAUGACAACUUUUUAGUCUCAAAAACACAAUUCUAUGUUAAAAAAAGAUUUUAUUCUCAUUAUAUUCUGACUUUUUGUAUUUAGAAUUUUGCUUUGAUUGUCAAAAAAAUUUCUGACAAAAUGACUUGAAAUGUAGAACAUUCUUCUUCUUCUUCUUCUUCUUCUUAUUAGAACUUCUUCAUCUCAAAAACAAGAUUAUAUUCUUUCAAAAAAUAGGACUCAUAAAAUGACAAGUUUUUGGUCUCAAAAACACAAUUACAUGUAAAAAAACAAGAUUUUAUUCUCAUUAAAUUCUGACUUUUUGUAUUUAGAAUUUGGUUUCUGUUGUUAAAAAAAUGAUUUUUAAUGAUUAUUCUUGUACUGCUGUGACUUUAUUCUCCUGUAAUUUUACAUGAUUUCUUCCAGAAUUACAUUUGUACUCUUUUUUACCACGUUUUUCCUGUGAUAUCAAGACUUUUUUAAUUUGCCAUAACCCCAUUUUCUAUCACACAUGACGUCAUUCUUGAUGUUUUCUCAUAGCAAUUUUUCUUUUUUUGCUCAUCAUUUUUUAUUCUCAGAAUUGAUCACUUUUUUCUCAAAACAUAAGACUAGCAUGAAUUCUGGUAGAAUUCCAACUUUUUCCCUCCCAAAAUGCUGUUAAUCUUAUGGAAUGAUGAGUUC